AUGCAGAUAGGAGACUAUACCGACUUCUACGCUGGCUUGAACCAUGCCUUUACCGUAGGCGAGCUCUUCCGCGGAGCAGCAAACGCUCUGCAGCCCAACUACAAGCACUUACCAGUGGGAUAUCAUGGGAGAGCCUCGAGCAUCGUCGUAUCAGGAACCCCAGUCCGCCGACCGCUUGGACAGAUACUAGAAGAUCCGACGGCCGAAGUCAAGAAGCCCAUCCUAUCUGCUUGCAGGAAACUUGAUAUGGAGCUCGAACUUGGUGCUUUCAUCUGCAAGAACAACAAGAUGGGUGAGCCAAUUCCUAUUGAUGAGGCCGAAAAUUACAUUUUUGGUGUCGUUCUGCUCAACGAUUGGUCUGCUCGUGAUAUCCAGGCCUGGGACCCUUGGGUUGUGUUGACUGAUGCGCUCGAGCCAUAUCGUACCACUGGUCUGGACAGUGACGUGGAAGUUCUGGAUUAUCUCAAAGAGAAAAGCAAGAAGAAUGUGUUCGAUAUCAAGCUGGAGGUCGUCCUCAAGACUUCUUCGGGUGCAACCACUACGAUCACUCGCACAUCAGGAAAAAAUCUCCUGUUCUCAUUCAACCAGAUGCUGACUCACCACUCGAUCACUGGUUGCCCUAUGCGCGUGGGAGAUAUGCUCGGAUCUGGUACUAUCUCAGGAAAGGAGGCAUCUGAGCGUGGCAGUCUUUUGGAGCAGAACAGAAACAGCAAAACAGUCAUUAAGUUGGAAGGCGGUGAGCAGCGUGUUUUCUUAGAAGAUGGAGACGAGAUAAUCAUCAGCGGACUCUGCAUGGGAGAAGACGGCGUGAGAAUUGGCUUUGGAGAGUGCAAAGGCAAAAUUGUCCCUGCUGUAAGCAUCUAG